CCCUCCGGCCCUCGCCAUGGCCCCCGCCGAGAUCCUCAGUGGCAAGAUUGUCUCCGGACAAGUGAGAGACAGACUAAAGCAGCAAGUUGUUGAGAUGACUGAGAAAUUUCCAGGCUUCAGACCAGGACUUGCCAUUUUGCAGGUUGGAAAUCGGGAUGAUUCAAACCUCUACAUUAACAUGAAGCUGAAGGCUGCUGCUGAGAUUGGGAUCAGUGCCAAUCACAUAAAAUUGCCAAACACAGCAACAGAAGCUGAUGUGCUCAAGUGCAUUGCCUCUUUGAAUACAGACCCAGCUGUUCAUGGCUUUAUAGUGCAGCUGCCACUCGACUCCGAUAAACCCAUCAACACAGAAAAAAUAACCAAUGCUGUAGCACCUGAGAAGGACGUGGAUGGCUUAAGUAGCAUCAAUGCUGGGAAACUCUCUAGAGGAGACCUUGGAGACUGCUUUAUUCCAUGUACGCCAAAGGGAUGCAUGGAACUUAUCAGGCAGACAGGUGUCCAGGUGGCAGGGAAAAGAGCUGUGGUGAUUGGUCGCAGUAAGAUUGUGGGUGCUCCCAUGCACGACCUGCUGCUCUGGAAUAAUGCAACAGUCACCACAUGCCAUUCCAAGACCUCCACCCUGGCUGAGGAGGUUGGCAAAGCUGAUAUCCUUGUGGUUGCAGCUGGUAGAGCUGAAAUGGUAAAAGGUGAAUGGAUCAAGCCUGGUGCAAUCGUAAUAGACUGUGGAAUUAACCAUGUGCCAGACAGCACAAAGGCCAGCGGAAAAAGAGUUGUGGGAGAUGUGGCAUACAGUUCAGCAAAGGAAAAAGCUUCUUUCAUCACCCCAGUUCCUGGUGGUGUUGGACCUAUGACUGUGGCCAUGUUAAUGCAGAGCACUGUGGAGAGUGCACAGCGUUUUCUGGAGAAGUUCCAGCCUGGAAAAUGGACUAUCCAGUACAACCAGCUUACCCUAAAGAUGCCUGUUCCAAGUGAUAUUGAAAUCUCACAGUCUUGCAUACCCAAGCCCAUUGAUCAAGUUGCAAAAGAAGUUGGCCUUUUCCCUGAUGAGGUGGAGCUCUAUGGCCAAACUAAAGCCAAGAUUCAGCUCUCAGUUCUGAAACGUCUGCAGAACCAGCCAGAUGGCAAAUAUGUCGUUGUUACUGGAAUAACUCCCACUCCCCUGGGAGAGGGGAAGAGCACCACCACUGUUGGCCUCGUCCAAGCCUUAGGAGCACACCUUCGCCAGAAUGUCUUUGCCUGUGUUCGGCAGCCUUCUCAGGGGCCAACUUUUGGCAUAAAAGGUGGAGCUGCAGGUGGUGGCUAUUGUCAAGUUGUCCCCAUGGAAGAGUUUAACCUUCACCUCACUGGUGACAUCCAUGCCAUUACUGCAGCCAACAACCUGGUUGCUGCUGCUAUUGAUGCGCGUAUAUUCCACGAGCUGACUCAGUCUGACCAGGCUCUCUACAACCGUUUGGUGCCCUCUGUCAAUGGUGUCAGGAAGUUCUCAGACAUUCAGAUCCGAAGACUACAGAAACUGGGCAUUAACAAAACUGAUCCUAUGGCUUUGACAAAGGAAGAAGUAAAUGCAUUUGUGAGACUGGACAUUGACCCAGGCACCAUAACAUGGCAAAGAGUACUGGACACAAAUGACAGAUUCCUUAGGAAAAUCACUAUUGGACAGUCUGUAACAGAGAAAGGCUUCACACGGACGGCUCAGUUUGACAUCACAGUGAGCAGUGAAAUCAUGGCAGUCCUAGCCCUGGCUGAUGGGUUGGAUGAUAUGAAAAAGCGAUUUGGCAGAAUGGUGGUAGCUUCCAGCAAAAAAGGAAUACCAGUUACAGCAGAUGACCUUGGAGUAACUGGAGCUCUGGCUGUCUUGAUGAAGGAUGCUGUUAAGCCAAACCUCAUGCAGACGCUAGAGGGAACACCAGUGUUUGUUCAUGCUGGACCUUUUGCCAAUAUUGCACAUGGGAAUUCCUCUGUGCUGGCAGACAAAAUAGCAUUGAAGCUUGUGGGUAAAGACGGUUUUGUUGUUACAGAAGCAGGAUUUGGUGCAGACAUAGGCAUGGAGAAAUUCUUCAACAUUAAGUGCCGCUAUUCUGGUCUCCGGCCUCAUGUGGUGGUGUUGGUUGCUACUGUCCGAGCUCUGAAAAUGCAUGGGGGAGGACCUGCAGUCACUGCUGGGGUACCUCUGCCAAAGGAAUACACAGAAGAGAAUCUUCAACUGGUGGCAAAAGGCUGCAGCAACCUAACCAAGCAAAUCCAGAAUGCACGGAUGUUUGGUGUUCCAGUGGUUGUGGCUGUCAAUGCUUUCAAGACAGAUACAAAGGCUGAACUGGCCCUUGUAGUACAACAUGCAAAGGAGGCAGGAGCAUUCGAUGCUGUGGAGUGCACUCACUGGGCAGAGGGAGGGAAAGGAGCCCUGGCCCUGGCCCGAGCUGUUCAGAGAGCAUCCCAGGCACCUAGCAACUUCAAGUUCCUCUAUAAUGUGGAGCUGCCUGUUGUAGAUAAGAUCAGACUUAUUGCCCAGCAGGUCUAUGGGGCAAGAGACAUUGAGCUACUUCCUGAAGCACAGGAGAAAGUUGCCCUGUACACCAAGCAGGGAUUUGGAAACCUGCCAAUCUGCAUGGCUAAAACUCACUUGUCAUUAUCUCAUGACCCUGAACAAAAAGGAGCACCUACAGGUUUUGUUCUGCCAAUUGUUCUGCCAAUCCGAGACAUUCGGGCCAGCGUUGGGGCUGGGUUCUUGUAUCCACUGGUGGGAACGGUAUGUGGUGUCUGUGGGGUGAGGAAAAAAACUUCAUUUGCAUUCCAGGAAUCACUUAGUGUUAAGUGUCUUAAAUUAGGAGAGCCCUUGUCAUUUACAGUUGGUGUUUUAACAGUCCAGUGUAUCAGAUGCCUUAAGAGGGGUUUUCUCAGGGGGAAGAGGGAGGCUGCAAUAGACCAUCUGACAUUUGGAUAAUUGUCAACCCCCUGC